GGUGGAAGCACAUACGGACAAACAGGGCAACAAGAUCCCAGCAAAAGGCAACAACCUCGUUGUUGCCUCGUUCUUCGUUGCAGGCACGAACAAGUUCUAUGUAUCGACAGUACCUCGAAAUAGUACAUAGCACAAUAUGGACACAGCAAGCAGUGCUUGGCGCACCACACAUAUGGCGGUCACUACGAAGCAGAAGCCGCUGUGGGAAGCAGCAAAGAAGGCAAAUGGUGCUGCAUUUUCGGCACUGUCAUACUUCGAUGGAAUGUGUGCUGAGGACGGUGCUCUCUGGCAGGCCGAGAUGACGACGGCAGCUACCAAAAUGAAAAAUGGAAAAUGGCCUGUGGGGAGUUUCAUCGCGGUUUAUGGCGGAUGGAAAGGCGACAAGGUUGGAACAGAAGCAAAGCCAUGCAAAUGGAAGUGUCAGCCAACUUUCGAGGCUUUGGGAGUCAGCUGGUAUGCCGAUGGCACCACGUAUGAAGACUGUACCCAGGAGCCUGACGGAGAGGUUGGCAACACGAAACGAGCAGAACGCUUCGACUUGUUCGAGCUCGAAACUUCGAUUCAAAGUCUUUCCAUUGACGAGAACAGCAGAAAUUACGGUCAUAAAAUGCCAACGACGCUGCAGAUUGUCGGAGUUCCAGCAAAGUCUGACGGACCGGUGUACGCCAGCCCAUCUGAAAGCACGUAUGUGGCCUCGCUGUGCAGUCCCGACCAAUUGCCGAGAUGUUCGGCGAUACCACGGAGGAAAAAGGUGCACACCUACGGACAAACCGUGCUUCUCGCCAUACUCACUCUGCGCAGUUCUUCGACAUGCCCUGACUGUGCGCCUGCUCGUCCUUGGCGCAUCCGAGAGUGUUACUCCCACUGGAGCCAAACCUAUUCUCCUGCCAGACAGCGUGCUAGUCUGAUUGCGCCCAAAAGGAAUUCCUGUUGCGAAUCGAUUCUACAGAAUCAACACCAGAGGUAUGUGCCGAAGAGGGUCGAGCAAUCCGGCAUUGCGAAAUCUUGUCAGCUAGAUGAUACUUAGACAAUAAUCAAUCUCUUCUGACUUCUCAUGGUCGCCCGAUACCAUUGUCGCAACUUGUUUCGUGCCUGCAUGAUGGUGCAAGAGGAAGGCGAAAAGAGGGACGCCGACGCACAGUAACCGGCGGCAGAGGUGGAAGUUCACGUACCGAACAGCGGCCCACGUGACCUUUAUUAAAAGUAAUGAAGUCACCUUGUUAAUGUGAUGGGUGCGGACAAUGCACUGUGUGUAUUCAGAGAGCAUAGAUUUCGCAUUGCGCCCGGGCGUGUCCACAGGCGCACAGGGUAGUCGCUCUAUUCUUGCGCAAGUGCGAAAAAGUUGAGUCUCACGCUUGCUGGUGAGGAGUAUUUGGAGCGCCGCAAGCCUGUUGCCAGCGAUGGCCAAUGCCAAACUCAUGCACAGAU